CCCCGCCGUACCGAGCCGCGGCGGAGCCGGCGCGGCCCCGCGGAGGGCGACGGCACCGUGGGGCAUGGGGCCCGGCGGGCGGCGGGCGGCGGCGCUCCCGGCGGCCGGGUGAGCGCGGGGGACGCCGGAGGAGCGCUGCUCCCCCCCGCCGCUGCCACCGCCACAGCCCCCGGGCACGGACCUUGCGCGGUGUCGCCCGCCCGGCUCGGAUGUCGCCAUGGGGAGCCGCUUCUCCAGCAUCCCCGCGCUGCCCCGCGGCGGCCAGGGCCGCCUGCACCGCGCCCGCCACCACCACCUCAAAGAUUCCAUAGGCGGGUCGUUUUCGGCUUCUUCCCACCGAUGCCACCACAAGCAGAAGCACUGUCUCCCCAUCCCGCAGUGUGGAGUUCUGUCCAUCAGCCCUCUGCUUUUCCAUCCUCACACAAAGGGGUCCCAGAUCAUCAUGGACACGACACAGAAGGCAGUGAAGCGCCAGGCUAGCUUCUGCAAUGCCAUUACCUUCAGCAACAGGCCCAUCGUUAUAUAUGAGCAAGUCAGGCUUAAGAUCACUAAAAAACAGUGUUGCUGGAGUGGGGCUCUUCGACUCGGGUUUACUUCAAAGGAUCCAUCAAGGAUUAACCCUGACACUCUGCCGAAGUAUGCAUGCCCUGACUUGGUUUCCCAAAGUGGUUUUUGGGCCAAGGCUCUUCCAGAAGAGUUUGCAAAUGAGGGAAACAUCAUAGCCUUCUGGGUGGACAAGAAAGGACGGGUUUUCUAUCGGGUGAACGACUCCACUGCGAUGCUCUUCUUCAGCGGCGUAAGGACAGCAGAGCCCCUCUGGGCUUUGAUUGACGUCUAUGGCCUCACUCGCGGAGUACAGCUCUUAGACAGUGAGAUCGUUCCCCCAGACUGCCUGCGGCCCCGCUCCUUCACCGCCAUCCGCCGGCCCUCGCUGCGGCGGGACACGGAGGACACACGCCUCUCGGUCAGCCUCUGCGACCUCAACCUGCAGGAGGAGACCUUCCACGUGACAGCCACCACAUGUCCCAUUCCGCAGAACUCCCUCAACUCACAGCACUCCCACCUCCUCCCCUCCCAGCUGGAGAGCGACCUCCGCUUCCACCACCUGCGGGGACCCCACGUCAAAAUCCUUGACGACCAAACCGUGGCCCGUCUGGAGCAUGCCCGAGAGGAGAGGACUUUGGUUUUCACCAGCAGACCCCUUCGGAUCAACGAAACCAUUUUUGUCAAAAUCAACAAGUCCAACGCUGUGCGCACGGGGACGCUGUCCUACGGGGUGACAUCCUGCGACCCCAGCACCCUGCGCCCCAGCGACCUCCCCUAUAACCCCGAGUCCUUGGUCGACCGAAAGGAGUUCUGGGCCAUCUGCCGAGUCGUGGUGCCCCUCCAGAGUGGAGACAUCCUGGGAUUUAUGGUGAAUUCGGAUGGUGAGCUGCACUUGAGCCACAACGGUGCUGGCACUGGUAUGCAGGUCUGCACGGACUGUUCCCAGCCCCUCUGGAUGUUCUUCGUUUUACACGGCGCGGUCAUGCAGAUCCGAUUGUUGGGUUCCACCAUAUUAGCAGAGCGGCUGGGACUGUCCACACCAAGCUCACCCACAUCAACACCCAGUUCCCCCACCAUCCUCUGCAGCGGUGUCUCUGGCCCCAUAUUGUCUACGUGUGGCUCUGGCCCCCUCUGCAGCUCUAUCAGUGGCACAGCUCCCAACUCUCCAAUCAGCUUGCCUGAGUCACCCAUCUCCCCGUCCGUCUCUGGGCCCUGGGGAGAUGAAUGCACCAUCUGCUACGAGAACAUGGUAGACACAGUCAUUUACUCCUGUGGACACAUGUGUCUCUGCUAUUCGUGUGGGCUGAAGCUCAAGAAGAUGGCCAACGCUUGCUGCCCCAUUUGCAGACGGGCCAUCAAAGAUAUCAUCAAAACCUACCGCAGCACUUAGAGCAGCAGCAGAUGCUGUGGUGGGGACUGGGCAGGUGGGGAGGAGGCUGUGAAACAACACAGGUCUUGGUCUCUGUUCAUCAUCCAGGAGAUUCAAAAAACAUCACCCACCACCACCCUGAUCCCCUCUUCCACGGACAACAGAUGAGACAAGCUUAGACAUUGCUCUUCUACCCUCCAAGCAAGCCCUGGGGCUGAACUCCAGCGUGUCAGGGAAGUUGUGAUGGACUACUCUCCCUUGUGGAUUUUAAACUUUAUCUCAAAAAAAACCAAACAACCAAUCAGCUGGUGCAAUCAUCCCUUUUCUAUACCACGCACAGUGGAGGGGAGUCUCUAAUGUUUAGCAGGCACAGCAAGUGGUAAAAGGUUCAGUGUUACACAUCUCCUUCUGGAGACACCCCGCAUGCAGAGGACAGCUUAGCAGCAGAGGAGGAACAAGCAACAUGUUUCCGUGUACAACCAGCCUGACUGUAGGAAGCCCCUUAGAAAGGAGGGAGCGAGGCAAGCUUUGACCCAGCGAGGGAGGUGCAGUGAGCACAUUCUCAGUGGAAAGGUUCGGGUCAGUGCAGAAAAGGACCCAGGAUGUGUGAAGCAAAACCCACCCCGUGUCUGCAGGCAGAAAAGCAGCCCCUUGAGGCUGUUCCUUGCUCCUCCCUUACCAUUCCCUGGCAGAGGCAUUCAGAGCGGGUUUGGCAGCCACCACUGGCACUGGCCUUUCUCCCUCCCAGCAGCAUCCAGCCACCUCCCGAUGCCAGCCAUUCCGCUGCAUGACGAGCAGCUCUCAAACACCCACUGCCCAUCUUGCACGUGGUCUCCACGCAGCACAAGGGAUGCAGCAGCAUCUCUGCCCCAUGGGCGUGCAGGAGAGGGACAUGUGGCUCCCUCACUUUUCCUCCCCCUACCAUCCAGACAGUACUUGUGAGGGAGAAAAUAAAUUUUAAAAAAGAAACAAAAACCCCAGCCUCACUGGGGAAGAAUGUAUAAACCCACAUGUCUGUGGGUUUCAUUUACUGGUAACUUUAUCACUGUGCUUUAAGACAAAAUCAGCCAGGUGGUACCCGGCCCUGCACAGCCAGCCCGCUGGCAGGACGUGGCUGUCCUUAUGUGUUAGGAAGAAAAGAAAGAAAAAAAAAAUAGCUUGGGGGGAUGGUUUUCUUUGGUUUAUUUAAUCCACUUACCUUCCGCCCCAGUUGAGAACCCCUGCUGUCCCCAGACAGAUGCCUGCAGUGGCAGCCCCCAUGGCUGUCGUGACAACUGCUGCUCCGUCAUCCCAUGGCCACUGGCUGCCCCUGGGCCCAGGCAGGCUGGCUCUGCAGCAGAAGGGGGUGCCCGUCUUCCCUCCAGCCCCAUCCUGCUGCCUUCCAGGAGCCAGAGACAGUGUCUGGGCCCUGGCGGGUGACUGGGGUGCAGCAGCGAUGGUGUUUGCCCUGCCACAUUGCCCAUCAGGGAAGGCUAUGGAGUUGCACCCCUCCUGCUGAGCCUUUUCCUUCGCACUAGUAGUGUACGGCCACUGAUAGGAUGCAGGGGAACAGCAUGGCAUAGGGAUAAAAGCAUUUAACAUACAGAGCUGCUCGUUGCAGGGGGCAUCGUGCCCCCCCUGGGCAGCAGGCAAGUGAAGGAGCACUCGCAGAGCCUGCUCCUGAGAGCACCUGGAAAACAUGAUAUCCUCGCUCUGUCCUCUUGAGGAAAUGAAAAAGAGAGGCUGCUAGCUGGAGACCACACUGCAGAGCCUUUCUCUAAAGGCACUGCCAUCACUGCAGCCUGCCACAGGGGUCUGCAGCUACCCCCAGCCCACCCCAGCGGGCAGUAUUAACUUGAACGCUGAUAUUCUGGUUACAGGGAUUUGUGUUAAUUCUUUGCGUGCUCUCAUGUACACCCCUAACCCAUCCUGCCCUGCCCUGCCCUCCAGGCUGACUGCCGAAAGCCCCAGAGCACAGUGGCUCCUGCACCCAGAUGCCCUCAGUGAGGGGUGGGGGGACACCGGGGUGGCACAAGCUUGGGGGAAGGACAGUGGCCAUGCCAGGCGCAUGGCUGGUCCGCAGGCACGCAGCCAGCCCCCAGCUUGCCCGAGGAUGAGGACAGAGCUGUGACUGGCAGGCACCCGCAGCCUGUUGUAGUAGUUACACAAACUCCAGUGCAAAGAUUUUGGAAAGAAGGAACCUGAGGGGUAGGAAAAUGUCGAUGAAAGAGUGGAUGUGGGGAAACGUGCAAUAAGCAGCCUCCGGAGCCUUCACCACACCCGUGGGACCGGUACCCCUCCACGCAAGGCAAGCCAAGCCAAGGGGUAUGUUUUAUUUUUCAAGAAAUUCCAUCCAUGGGUACCAGUGCAGUAGUGUGAAUUCCCUUUUCACCUUUUGAAUUCAGAGUGUUUUAAUAUAUACCUGUGUUUGUUUUACUGUGGACCAAACUCUAGGAGUUAGCAGAAGCUGAAAGCUCCCCCAGCAUCCGAACUCGAAAAUUGGGGUUAGGUCCUGCUCCCAGCAUCAGAUGGCCUCCAGCUGUGAACAGGGAGGAGGAGAGCAAGGUGAUUGCCAGGGAGAAAAAACAACAGCAAAAGCAGUAACAGUAACAACGAUCCUAACCUUUUGUUUUGUUUGACUGGUGUAAGUUCCCACUUACCUCCGUGCUCUUGUGUCAUUUGCAUUUCAUUGCUUUACUUUAAGGUGUUUUGUGUUCUGUUUAAAGAGAAGAAUAACUCAUUGUGAAAAAUUGGAUAACUGUGAUUGUGAAUAAAGUUGAUUUAGGUAUCCUGCA